UCAAAACCCGUCUGAAAAGUGAAUUGUCAUUUCAAAACUCCGCCCUCGCCGCUUCUCUCCGCUUUUAAAAACCCAAAGGUCCCGUCUCAACCGUAUAAAACGAUUCGCCAUUGGGUGUGUCUUCUUUACUUCACUUCAUCCAUGGCGACAACGCAGCAACGGCAACUCCCUUGCGAUGGAGAUGAUAUUUGUAUGUUGUGCAGGAAUAAGCCUGCGGACGAGGAUAAACUCAUAUGCAAUACCUGCGUUACGCCUUGGCAUCUCAGCUGUCUAUCCGCUCGCCCUGAAACCCUAGCUUCCGCUUAUCAGUGGGAAUGUCCCGACUGUGCUCCGGCCGCAGGCGAUGUUUCGGCUCCUACUGUUGGAGUUCCCUUGUUAUCUGGCGUUUCGGAUACAUCCACCGAUCUGAUCUCUUCGAUUCGAGCUAUCGAGGCCGACGAAUCUCUGACGGUGCAGGAGAAAGCGAGGAAACGGCAGGAGCUUAUGACCAGAGGCUGUCGGUCGCCGGAUCUCGAUGAUGCCAAGUUGAAGAAGAAUAGGAAGAAGAAUGAUGUCCUUGGCCUUUUCGAUGAAAGCUUGAACUGCUCGUUUUGUAUGCAGUUGCUGGAAAGACCUGUGACGACACCUUGUGGCCACAAUUUCUGUUUGAAGUGCUUCCAGAAAUGGGUGGGUCAGGGGAAGCGUACCUGUGUGAAGUGCCGUCGAACCAUUCCGGACAAGAUGGCGAGCCAACCUCGUAUCAACUCGGCGCUCGUUGUUGCCAUACGUAUGGCCAAAGUGUCAAAUUUGACCGACCAACCUGGGCCCCUGAAAGUCUACCAUUUUAUGCACAAUCAAGACAGACCUGAUAAGGCAUUCACUACAGAACGGGCAAAGAAGACUGGAAAGGCUAAUGCAUGUAGUGGUAAGAUCUUUGUUACGGUUCCGCCUGAUCAUUUCGGGCCAAUCCUUGCAGAGAAUGACCCCAUCAGGAAGCAGGGUGUAUCGGUGGGGGAGUCUUGGGAGGAUCGUAUGGAAUGCCGGCAAUGGGGAACCCACCUUCCGCAUGUUGCAGGGAUUGCUGGUCAAGCAGAUUAUGGUGCUCAGUCAGUAGCACUUUCCGGAGGCUACGAAGAUGAUGAGGAUCAUGGCGAGUGGUUCCUGUACACAGGGAGUGGUGGAAGAGAUUUGAGUGGGAAUAAGCGCACAAACAAGCUGCAAUCCUUUGAUCAGGAGUUCAAAAAUAUGAAUGAAUCUCUUCGUGUCAGCUGCAAGAAGGGAUAUCCAGUUCGAGUUGUGAGGUCCCACAAAGAGAAACGAUCAUCUUAUGCUCCAGAAACUGGAGUGCGGUAUGACGGUGUUUAUAGGAUUGAAAAAUGUUGGCGUAAAGUUGGAAUUCAGGGUAUGAAGGUUUGCAGAUAUCUGUUUGUUCGCUGUGACAAUGAACCUGCACCUUGGACAAGUGAUGAGCAUGGAGACUGCCCAAGACCUCUUCCUUCAAUUCCUGAGCUUAAGGCAGCAAAGGAUGUUACGGAAAGGAAAGAAAGCCCACAUUGGGAUUAUGAUGAGGAAGAUGGUUGUUGGAAAUGGAAGAAGCCACCACCAUCCAGCAGAAAGAAACAAGUGGCCACUGGAAGUCCAGGAGAAAUAAAGAAGAUGAGGGCGGCUAUUAGGCAAGCAAAGAGAAUGACAGCAAAGGAUAAGCUCCUAAAAGAAUUCAGCUGUCUGAUAUGUCGUAAUGUGAUGACUCUUCCACUUACAACUCCUUGUGCUCAUAAUUUUUGCAAGCCUUGCUUGGAGAAUGUGUUUGUUGGCCAGACUUUUGUAAAGGAGAGGACACGUCAGGGUGGGCGGACACUUAGGGCACGGAAGAAUAUUAUGAAAUGCCCAUCUUGCUCAAAUGACAUUUCUGAUUUCCUUCAAAACCCACAGGUCAAUAGAGACGUGAUGAAUGUUAUUGAGACUCUCAAAAAUAAGAGUGAGGAGGAGGCGUCUAAAAUGAUGCGGAAGAUGCGCAGAGAAAACUGAAAUUGACUUGCAAAAAAAGGAAAGCUGAUGAUGGAGAUUGCUCAAAGGUUAUUGACAAGGUUGAGAAUGGCAAAAUAUCU